GAACGGUUCGCGCGGUGUCGUAGGCCAGAUCUGAAGUCGUCAGGGCAGGAACCUGCGUACGCACAGUCUUGGGUCCUCCAGCGCGCUGCGCCGAGCUGUUUUAACUCAAGCCGGUUUGGCUCAAGUCUUGGCGCGUAGGAGCGUUAGUUUUUUCGCCCAUGGCACCAGACGAGUGGCCUCUCUUGCUCAGCGACUUGGGUUGGGGCAGGCGCCUCUGAUGGUGCGGCUAAUGGCUGGUAAUGCCAGCUCCCACCCAGGCCUGAAGCUACACAUGUAUGACCACUGCAUGUUCUGCAGUCGAGUUCGGCUGGUGCUGGGUGCCGGGUUGGCUGAAAGUGCCUUAUGAGCAGCAGGUAUACGGCCAUGGGCAGGUGGCAGAUUCAGCAAAGAAAGAUGGCUACGGCUAUGAUCCGUCCGAUGGGCCUGUGCAGCUUACUGGCAAGAAGAGCCUGCCUGUGCUGGAAGGUGAGCGAGUUCCUCCACCUGACGGCGUCAAGGGCUUACCGAGUCCAUGGGAAAUUGCUCCUAUGCCACAGGAAUUACGAAGGGAGAUCGCCGUAUCGCUGCAGCGACUGGGAGGGCCGAUAUCAAUGAGUGGUUCGGUCGUUGCAGGUCGGUGGUUGCCCAGCUGCAUCGCCCUCGAAUUGUGAAGGUUCCCCUGCCCGACUUUGCCAUCCGCGUGACAUCGACUACUCCAAGCACUCGCACAGCAAGUCAGGGUUCAGCUAUGAAGACUCGUUGGCUGAUACUCCUAAGCUUUUGCGGGAUAUCAGUGGCAUCAUGCAUGAACUUGAGCGUCUUCUCAGGGGUGUGACAGAGGACGGUACACCUUGCCUGAAUGCGAGGGGCUUCGGUAUGGACGAUGUCAAUUGCCUCUCCUACAUGCGUAACCUCACGUGCGUCCAUUCAAGGUGCGGGAUUACAUUGAGAAGACUUGCUCACUGGCAGGGCUGGACACAUAUUUCGACUAUGCCUCCUGAAUCGGUGAGUGGGUUGUCCUCUCUGUUUUGCCACCUAUCUGCCUGCGUGCUGGAGUGUAGCAACGGCCAGUCGCCGCGGAUAACACAAAACAGAUCCGUGCCCCUGCGCUGGGGAGGAGCAUCAGGCACAGGAAGGGGGUGGUAGCAGUGGGGUUGCGAGGCGAGGCCUUGGCGUCGUGAGUCAUUUCACCGCUGCUCCGCUGCCAUGGCUGCCGCUGCAUGGCUUGGCGUGACUGGGACGUCAAGCACACUACGAGGUCGAAGCUUGCAGUACGCACCCCG